GAUGAAAAAUGGAGAAAACCAAAAUGCUACAACAAAUCGAAAAAGAAGUUUCACUUCAUUCACGUGUAUCAAGUUGCACGCGCACCGUUUUUUACAUUGCAUUGUUCUAGUUAGUUAUGUAUAAUUUUUGACUUCAGUGGUGAUCAAACACAUUCAUAGAAUGAGAAAUGCUCUCCAAAUAAAUGAAUCGAUAAAAUAACAAAAAUCAUUAACAACAGCACUAAAGCAAUCAACUUUUUGUUUACAAAUAAAGCACAACACUAAAAGACGGAAACCGCUGGAUUCCAUUCAUUUCUCGAUUCGCGUUCACGAUUGAAAUGUCACAGCUUUAGUGAUGUCCGCACGGGUUUUACUAUUGACAGCGUUGUUGGUAAUCGACAAAGUUACGGCGCAUUACCUCCAAGCUGAACCGAAUUAUUUGAAACCGAAACUGGAGAGGAAUAACGUAGUGAACAAAGGAGUUUGGAUCAGGAAGGACUUUGACCGAAAUCUGUACGGUAAAGCCAGCUUGACCGACUUCAUUUUUCGACCGAAUUCGUUGGAGAAUGACGCGGAGCACCUCGAUUUUGACGCGUUUAAUCAGAAUUCUAUGCAGGAUGUACCGUUCUUCACGACUUACAUUGAAAGGACAAAGCGAUCGCCAGAAUAUUUACGAAAACGACAUCCUAGAAAGAGUUUAAAAGAUUGCGUUAAUAAAAAAGAUUGUCGCACAAAGAAAAACUCCGAAGACAAAUCUGUUGUUGUAGAAUCCAUGUUCAUUUCCGACGUGAAACCUAACUCUAUAUUUAAAGAAUAUCCACAUGAAGUGGCUUUGUUACUCAACGAUAACAAUAAACUAGGAGAUCUUAAUAUAAAAACAUUGAACAGCACUAAUAAUAAUCAAUCUGAUAAUAAAAAAGAGAAUAGUGAUGCUAAACUUGAUGAUGAUAAUAAAAGUCCUAAAAAACGCGAAGAUAAUGAUUAUGUAAUUAAGAGCAGUAAUGAUUUGUUCGAGAAUAAUGGUGACGUGAAUCCCAGAGGUGAAUACAAUAAGUACGCUUACGAAACAGAUGGGAGUUGGAUACAAAAUGCGCCUAUAACUAAAAAUGAUAGAUACAGUGUUAUUCCGAAGGAAAAACCCAAAUUUACCGAAAAGGGUCUGGUUAAAGUCAUAUCAAUGUUGACUAAGACUUUCAAAAAGAUUAUGAAACAGCACAACGAUAUCAAAAUUAUUCACCAAAAGCUAAACAACUUGAACGAUGAUUUUUUGAAAAACGUCGAAGAUAUAACCAAUAAGUUUCGUGAAUUCGAUACAAAAUUCACUUAUUUAACUAAAUUCAAUGAAAAAUUAAAGAAUUUCGAAACGAAUCAAUCGAAGAAGGACGCCGAUCACGAAACCAGAGCCCGAGAAAUAAAAAAUAAGCUAGACGAAUUCGCCGAACACCAAACGAAGUUUUUAACCCAACAAAAACAGUUCUAUUCGUUACAAAAAUUAAUAUUAGCGCAAAACGAAAAAAUAACCACGAGACAGAAUAACAUAGCUAAAACCCAAGCAGAAAUAUCACAGAGACAAAACAACUUUGCUAGAAUAUUACUGAAAGCUAAACAAUUGAUCGUGGACAGCAAGAAGCCAACUAUAACUCCUAUUAAUACAAAUAACCCAAAUACCACUAACGAAUCAACAACAUCAAAAGUCGAUAUAGUAAAAAUCAAUUUACUAAACAUACCGGCGUUUCGUAAGAUAAUUAACACAGACGAUUUCCUAAUAAAAGAAAAACACAAUCCAAUAGACGAACUUGUAUACAAAUACUACUUCAACAAUACUUUCAUAGAUAAUAUCAUGAAGACAAAAAUUCUAGCUGCGACACUAGAUAGAGAUGUAAGGCAGAACAAAACUAAAAGGAAUAAUGAUUUAUCAACAAUUUUACUGCCCGUAAAGCAAGGUGAAGUCGUACGCGAUAAGAGGUGGAUUCAGGAACCUAAAAACGGUGUUAUUAAAAUGGCGAAGCUCGCUAAAGCUCCAUUCGUUAAUUUGGCAACGAAAUUCUGUAAUCAAAUUGGACAGAACGGUGAUGAAAUUAACCUGAAAUGGUGCAUAGAAAAAGUAUUAAGGAGGCUUCAGCAUAUCGAUACGAAAGUCCUGAUCGGGCCCGUUAAGUCGACCGCAAAGGAAAAUGCCAUUCAAAUCGAUAGAAGUAAUGAUAAAUCUGGUCGCGUUGCAAAGGAUUUCCCAAGCACAGUUACAGAGACGACUUCCACUACAAAACGCUUGAUGGAAACCACCCAGACGUCUCCUACGCAAAUGCAAAAUUUUCCAGAUAACGAAGAAUUGGAAUCGAAUUUAAAGAAAUACGAUCUGAAGCCGGAUCUCGAAGGAAACGUCUACUUCGAUGGCAGUGUUCACACCAGUCAAAUAGUGUCUUCAAAGGAAAGUGAGGGGUUUUCAGAUAUAAUGCCCGGACUUGAAAGUAAUUCAAGAGUCGAAAUGGAUCCCGUGGCUUUUGGCAUUCAAGCUAAUAGGAGGCAAUAUGUGAAAAGAUUUAAUAAUAAUUUAUUGAAGAGACUGAAAAUUGGAAUUUGAAUUACGAUUAUAUAAAAACUUAAAACAUUACUGUUAUAACAAAGAAAUCUAUAAUUAUAUGUAAUAAUGUGUUAUGUUCUGUGGGAUUUGUAUUAAUUUAGUUAAAUUUGUAUUAUUUAGGUCCCUUACAGCAAUAAGAGAUAAGUGCUAACUUAGUUUGUGGUAGCAGUUACCACAAUAAUUAAAAUGUCGACAAAUACGUAAAAUCUUUGUCGUCAGCGACCAUUCAAGCCGUAAAGUAUUCGAAUUAAUAUACUAACAAUAAUGAAAGGCGAAAGAAAAAUCGUAAAAGUACUUUGAAUUAAAUAUUAUUAUUUAAAAGUAUAAUUUAAGUAUGAAAUAAACUAAAUGAAAUUGUU